GAUCCGUUUCCAAAGUAAAAAAUCCCUUCCGACCAUUAACUUCACACUCAAAAACCAAAUGUUCUGUUGAUUCAAACGAUAAUUUUACAAAAAUUAUUUAUUCAUUUCAAGUCGAAAUGACGUCAUCGGAUUUAAAUAAACCGUAAAAUAGUGACGCCUCAGCAGCCAAUCAGGGAGCUCCUGCAUCUACCCGUCGUCAAGGGCAACGCUGAAACGGCAGCUAACGCUAAAUGUUAAUUGGAAAAUAUUAAAUAAAUGCUGAUUUACAAGGUCUGUGUGGGAUUUAGAUAAUUAUUUAUUGUGAAUUUUGACCCUCUGAUAUGUUUUUAUUAAUAUUUGUCAGAUACGUCGCUUUUUACGUCCUUGCGUUGCGCUUGCGCACCGAGUCCCAUUCACAGAGCGGUUUACGGCAGCGGAUCCGUCACAGGGCUGCUGGCCCUUUAAGGAUGAUGCAGCGGGACUAGCCGAUGUAGGACGAGCUGACCGUCGGUGCGCCCGCCCGCCUGCCGCCGCUGCUCCGCAUCAUGGCCUCCGCACAGCCCGCACCGCCGAGGACCAACCGACCACCCCGCGGCCCUGCCAUUCCCGCAGCGGAGACGGACGUCAAGCCGAAGCAGCGGCACCGGUAGAGGCGAGCCGCUCCGCGCCCCCCCGCCCCGGUCUCCUCCAUGCCUCCGUCCAAAGCCAAGUUCAGCUAUCCGAUAAAGAGGGCUGCGAACCCGGGCGACGGCGGCGGCGGCGGAACCAUGAGCCGGGAUUAUUCCCUGAACCUGUCGGUGCAGCAGGUGCUGAGCCUCUGGGUCCACGGCGCCACCCUGAAAGACUUCACAGAGAUGUGGUACUGGGUCUUCCUGUGGUGUCUGUUCUCCUCGCUGUUCGUCCACGGCGCCGGCGGUCUGCUCAUGUUGGUCAUGCUGCAGCGCCACCGGUGGGGCCGCCUCAUCACGCUGGUUCUGGUCAGCGUCGGCUUCCUGGCCUCGCUCUCUGGAGCCGUCAUCACAAGCGCGGCGGUGGCCUGUGUGUACCGUGUGGCGGGGAAGGGCAUGGCGCCGCUGGAGGCUCUGGUGUUCGGCGUGGGCCAGACCUCGCUCUCCAUCAUCAUCUCCUUCUCCCGCAUCCUGGCCACGCUGUGAGGACGAGGGGCGGAGCCCGGCGCCGACCCGAGGAGGAGGAGCGCUCACACUGGCUGCAGCACAGGGCGCCCCCUGCUGACUCUGGAGUGUUACUGCAGCCAUCCCUGGACCAGAUGGAGACUCAUCAGGGAGCCGUGGUUCUGAGGUUCUGGUGCCAAAAUCCAGCUGCUGCUGACUCAAAACCUCCAGAUCAGAGAGGAAGAGGAGGAGGAAGAAGUUUCAGCACUUUUAUGUUGAGUGAGGAAGAGGAGCAGAAACCAGCAAAGACUGGAUCAGACUGAAGGUUCGUCAGCAGGAGUUCCUUCUUCUGAACCAGUUCUCCCAUUCUGGUCCCGGUUCUCCCAUUCUGGUCCCGGUUCUCCCAUUCUGGUCCCGGUUCUUAGUCCCAGGUCAUGGAGACGUGGGUGGAGAUUCCUGGAGUUCAAGGACCACAGCGACCAAUCAGAAACGCGUCCUGAUGUGAUGCAACAUGACCCGGGACAUUGACACGUCAGGAUGUCGGCCAUGUUGUGAGGGGCAAGUCUGCUGUGAAACUGGCUCUAGACGAACAGCUGAGAUGAUCGUCGUUUUUAGAUUCAGCAGCAAUGAUGGUAAUGAAACAAAACCUGCUCAAUAAAUAUGAAAAAUAAAAAAAUAUAAACUUAAAGAACCUCUGAAGACAGAAAA